UCCAUAUCUUCGUUAUAUACACAACCUUAUCAAAUGCUUGCUUUUAACAACCGCAAUAACCAAACUGAUAAAUAACAAAACCUGUGGGAAUACUUUUUUUUUUUGGUAAAGCUUACAUAAUGGGAAUGGUAUUUGGUAAAAUCUCCGUGGAGACACCCAAAUACACCGUGGUCAAAUCCGGCGACGGUUACGAGAUCCGUGAGUAUCCACCCGCCGUUGCGGCCGAGAUCACUUACGAUCCUUCCGAAUUCAAAGACAACAAAGACGGCGGCUUCUCGGUCUUGGCCAAGUACAUAGGCGUGUUCGGCAAACCGGAGAACCAGAAGCCGGAGAAGAUCGCCAUGACAGCUCCGGUGAUCACCAAGGAAGGGGAGAAGAUCGCCAUGACAGCUCCGGUUGUGACCAAGGAAGAAGGAGGAGGAGGAGGAGAGAAGAAGACGGUGACGAUGCAGUUUCUGUUGCCUGAAGUGUACAAGAAGGCUGAGGACGCGCCGCGUCCGACUGACGAGAGGGUGGUGAUUAGGGAGGAGGGAGGGAGGAAGUACGGCGUUGUCACGUUCAGUGGAACCGCGGCGGAGAGUGUGGUGGGGGAGAAGGUGGAGAAGCUGAGGAGUGAUCUCGAGAGAGAUGGGUUUAAGAUCACCGGAGAUUACGUCCUUGCUAGGUAUAAUCCUCCGUGGACGUUGCCUCCUUUCAAGACCAACGAAGUCAUGAUUCCUGUUGAAUGAAGAACACUCUAUCCAACGUCUUUUCAGAACAAUAAUGUAUACAAUGCCAGGUUUUGAAUUUUAAUGAAUCAACGAACAAAGUUCUUGUUCCGACAAGGGUGAACAAAAAAAAAAAAA